AUGAUGCUGUGGGUGGUGGCCUCUCUGCUGACCCUGAUAGAGGGGGUGUUCUCUGAGGAGGACCCAAAGGAGGCCCACACUGAGCAGCUUCGAGCCCAGGAGAGGACCACCACCACUGGGACCUGGCUCCCAGACCACCACCCAGAGGUCCACGAGCUGGAAGAGAAGAGGGGCGGCCAUGGCCAGGCCUCCUGGCCUAGUCUUUUCGAGAACCCAGGUCUGCAGGACGACAGAGAGGGCUAUCCGAGCAGGUGGCAACGCUCACCUCCAGACCCUGACCCAGACCCCGAACCCUCCCGUAGAGGCUCUCGCAAGAAAAGCAAAAAGCCCAAGAACAGCAGCCGGGACUGCCGCAUGGAGAAGAAGGAGAUGCGUGUCAGAGACCUGGGCCUGGGCUUCGACUCAGAUGAGAUCAUCCUGUUUAAGUACUGUGUGGGGACGUGCUCGAGCUCCCGUAAGAACUACGAUCUGGCCCUUAAGGCCCUGAUGGAGAACGAGAGUAUCCCCAGCAGGAAGGUGAGCGCCCACCCCUGCUGCCGGCCCACCCGCUACGAGACUGUCUCCUUCAUGGAUGCCCAGACUAUAUGGCAGACCAUCAAGUGGCUGUCAGCGGCUAACUGUAGCUGUGUGGGGUGA